AUGCCAACAAAGACACCCACUCAAUCCGACUUCCCACCGCACCUAACCGUCUCAAUCACCUCCCCAAACACUACCACAACAACUACACGCCCACCGCCAAACAUCCUCCUCCUCCUGCACGGCAUCGGCGACACCAGCGCCACAUUCAGCACCUUCGGCCGCGCCCUCAACCUCCCCGAAACAACCGUGCUCACCCUCCAAGCACCAACACGCCUUCCCUUCGACAUCCCUGGAUUCCACUGGGGUGACGAUAUCUCGUUCGAUUCCCGCACGGGCGCGCUGGACAUGGACGCCGGGUUCGCGCGCGCAACGCGCACGAUAGUCGACGAGGUUAUUCGCGGCGUCCUCGUUCAGAAAUGCGGGUAUAAAUUGCGGGAGAUUAUGAUUCUUGGUUUCGGGCAGGGGGGUAUGGUGGGGCUUGUUUGUGCAAGGGAAUUGGGGGUACAGCCAAGGGUUCAGGAUGUGGGUGAUUCUGGGGCGAAUGAUGGUGGUGGGAUUGGGGGCGACAUGGCGUUGUCGGGCGUUAUCUCCAUUGGAGCGCCGUAUCCGAUUUCGGGGAGUGUGGUUGGUGAGAAGAAUCGGACGCCGGUGUUGCUUGUUGCUGGACGGGAUUCGGAGGUUGUGAGUGAUGGGGCGGUUAGCAGGACGAAGGGAGUUUUUGACUUCGUGGAGGUCACGAGGUAUGCUAGGAGGGGAGAUGGGAUGCCCAAGGCUAGGGAGGAGAUGCUGCCUGUUAUGAGGUUUUUGGCGCGCAGGUUGAGGAGUUGGCAAGGGGUUCCGGAGGGGAGUGUGGAGAUUUCUUAG